AUGACUGGCUCUUCAGCCCCAGGCCUCCUGGCAGUGACUGUGGAACUGGGGAGAGGUUGUCACAAGGAGCAACUGUUUCUGCUGGUUCAGAGCCUCUGUGCCAUGCUGUGUGAACAGAGGGGCAAGCUAGUAAAUAUUUUGACUUUGUGGAUCCUACAGUCUCUGUCAAAGCUCCUGAACCCCAGUGUUGGUGCACCAAAGGAGCCAGAAGAAAUUUUUUUAAGAAGGAGAGAGGGGACAACGGCGGGCGAGCAGGAGAGUUGCAAGUCCCUGAGCGGGCUGCUGGGUGGCCUGGCCCAGAAAGAUUUCCACGGGCACCCGGGCAUUACAGGCAUUACGGAAGAGCUGCUGGGGAGCCAGCUCUACCUGGAGGUGCCGCCCGAGGAGUUCCGGCCUUUUCUGGCGAAGAUGAGGGGGAUUCUUAAGUCUGUUGCAUCUGCAGACAUGGAUUUUAACCAGCUAGAAGCAUUCUUGACUGCUCAAACCAAAAAGCAAGGAGGAAUCACAUCUGAUCAAGCUGCUAUCAUUUCUAAAUUCUGGAAGAAUCAUAAGACAAAGAUCCGAGAGAGCCUGAUGAACCAGAGCCGCUGGGUCAGUGGGCUUCAGGGCCUAAGCUGGAGAGUUGAUGGCAAAUCACAGUCGAGGCACUCAGCUCAGAUACACACCCCUGUUGCUAUAAUGGAGCUGGAAAUGGGGAAACGUGGACAGGAAUCUGAACUUCUGUGUUUGGAAUUUGAUGAGGCCAAGGCCAACCAAGUUCUGAAGAAGCCCUCAGAGGCAGAAGGAAGUAUCAGCCCACCGACGCAGCCAGCCUGGCUGAAAAUGCACUUGUGGAAGCCAAGGUCUCCUGGCCGAAUGAGUCAGCUCCAGGGCCCUGAAGGUGUGUGCGGCAGCAGAGGAGACCUGCAAGAUCCUAUCAAGAACAGCCCCAAUGACCUGCCUGUUCUUCCCUGGGAGACUGCCCUUCCAGAAUUCCAAAAAGGAAUGAAGCAUUAUGGGAAAGAAGAGUAG